CGAGCGAGCAAGUGGGUUUAUGCUGCGAUUGUGAAUUUUAAUUAAAAUCAAUUAGGCGCACACACAAAAAGUAACGCACGCAGAGAGAACACACCAUUCAAAUUUCAGACUAUCAUAACACAAACAGACAGUUGAUCAAAUUCCGCGCUUAACCUGUGGUGCAUACACCACAACCCAUGGACAUAAUUGCCCUAAUUGGAAAUAAGAGCAGCGGCAACAACAGCAGCAGCACCCAAGCAGCGGCUCCACUAGCAUGGCACAAUUUACGCUCUACAAUAAACAUAAUGCUCCGCCCAACAACGAUAUCAUUACACGCGUCGACUGCGACUGCGAGCAUGUGCCUCUGUGUUCGGUUAAUGAUGUCCAGCUAAGGUUCUUAGUGCCUGAUGACUUAACGGAGGUUCGCACGCUGUGCCAAGAAUGGUUUCCAAUCGAUUAUCCACUGUCAUGGUACGAGGAUAUUACCUCAAGCUCGCGCUUCUUUGCGCUAGCCGCUGUUUAUAAUCUGGCCAUAAUUGGUUUAAUUGUUGCUGAAAUCAAACCGUAUAGAAAUGUUAAUAAGGAGGUAAUAGCCAAUAUCAGUGAUAGUGAUGAGUUUUACACGAGGUUGAGCGGUUUUCCCAUGCAGGACAAAGGCAUAUUGCCGGACUCGAUGGGUCGUACCGCUGAUGUGGGCUACAUAUUAUCGCUGGGUGUUCAUCGUUCCCAUCGUCGGAAUGGCAUCGGUUCGCUGCUACUGGACGCACUGAUGAACCAUUUGACGACAGUAGAAAGACAUGCGGUGAAGGCAAUCUUCCUGCACACGCUGACCACAAAUCAACCUGCCAUAUUUUUCUACGAGAAAAGAAGAUUUACGUUACAUUCGUUCCUGCCCUACUACUAUAAUAUACGAGGCAAGGGCAAGGACGGCUUUACGUACGUGACCUAUAUAAAUGGCGGUCAUCCACCUUGGACAUUAUUAGAUCACUUCAAGCACUACGCUUCCAAGCUUCGUCACACUGGUAGCCUUUGCGUGUGGAUGGUAUCCCGCGUGCAGCAAAUGGUACGUUGGUUCUACCACAAGCUGCUAACACGCUUCAAUGCUAUUGAAUGAGCCAAACGGACUGCAACCACUCCCCCAAUCAUUCUUCCGACACUCGAGAGAAUUGUGUAUGAUAAGUGUGUUCUCACAUAUGCAUCUGUAACAUCUGUCACAUCUGUCUAGCAUCUUGAAUCAUCGUCCUGUUGAUAACGACGUACACAACAUUCAUGUUAAAUGUUAGGCGAGCCAAAUCGUUUCGUUUUAUACUUACAAACCAAGGAACAAAAAUGUUGAAAGUUGUAAAAUAGUCUUAUAUACAUGUAAAAUAACGUUUUUAAAUAUGUAUAUGUUCACUGCUGUAAAUAGUCGUAUCAUCUUUUAUU